GCAGCGCAACACAAACACAAACCAAUCGGUGCCGCCAAAUCACUCCACUCAAAAUCCAGAUCAGCCGAAUUGCGUGCACCACAUCACAGGCGAUUCAUUUUCAAAACAGAUUAGGGUCUUCUUGAACCUCCUUUUUAUAAACCCCCGUUACAAGUUUCGGUCCCUUUCUCUCUAUCUCGCCUCGUUCCUUGAGCAACGUCGCGCAAAAGUUUCAAAACUCCAUUAACAAGCUCAGGGAAAAAUGGCUCUACCAAAUCAGCAGACUGUUGAUUAUCCAAGCUUCAAGCUUGUAAUUGUUGGCGAUGGUGGUACAGGGAAAACUACCUUUGUGAAAAGGCAUCUUACAGGCGAGUUUGAGAAGAAAUAUGAGCCAACCAUUGGCGUGGAAGUUCAUCCCUUGGACUUCUUCACCAACUGUGGAAAAAUCCGAUUCUACUGCUGGGACACAGCUGGACAAGAGAAGUUUGGUGGGCUAAGAGAUGGAUAUUACAUCCAUGGUCAAUGUGCUAUCAUAAUGUUUGAUGUUACUGCUCGGUUGACUUAUAAGAAUGUGCCCACAUGGCAUCGGGAUCUUUGCAGGGUUUGUGAAAAUAUCCCUAUUGUUCUUUGUGGAAACAAAGUUGAUGUGAAAAACAGGCAGGUGAAGGCAAAGCAGGUUACCUUCCACAGGAAAAAGAAUUUACAAUACUAUGAGAUUUCGGCAAAGAGCAAUUAUAAUUUUGAGAAGCCUUUUCUGUAUCUUGCAAGAAAACUUGCUGGGGAUCCUAAUUUGCAUUUUGUUGAAUCUCCAGCCCUGGCACCUCCAGAAGUGCAAAUUGACCUGGCAGCACAGCAACAGCAUGAGGCUGAGCUUGCUGCUGCUGCUAGUCAACCUCUACCAGAUGACGAUGAUGACACAUUUGAGUAAGGAGUGCUGGCGAGGUGAUAUUUGAAGGAAGAAGUUUUAAUGUAUGGUCAUGAGGAUGUAGUUUUAUGUCCAACAUGAGGAAUAUGGACUUCCAUUAUUUCUGGGUUACAUUAUUACCCGUUUGUCCCAAGUUUAGCAUUUGAUCAUUUUGUGCGGGGGUUUUGCUAUGUUUAUUCUUUCUCAUCGCACCGAAAGUUUUAAGUUGAUUCGUAAACACUGUAGGAUGAUAUAGUGUUGCCUUAUAUAUUUAUCUUGAUCUUGCAUUGACUGUGCUUAA